UGGGAGCGCCCUGUUGGCCGUUUCUCGUCGCCCGGAGUCCAGCUUUUGCGUCUCCUUCCUCCCUCGCCUUUCUUGGCCGGUUAUGCAGACUCCCGGUGGCUGCUGCGGCGGCGACCGCUACUAGCCCCCGAAGCUGGCUGCUCUGGAGCCGAGCGGUGGAAAUGGUCGCUCCUUGCCAAACGGCGGGGCGAGAGCGCGAGCGAGUGCAGAGGGGGACGUCGAGCUUCUGGGUUGAGUGUGUGCCACGCGCGUGGGCUAUCGGGCUGCUCGGCUCUCCACCGUGGAAGCCCUCCCGUCUCUAGAUGGAAUUAGUGGAGAGCGCAGCCCCUUGUGUAAGGAACAGACAUGAUCCAUGGACGCAGCUUGUUUCACAUUGUAGCAAGUUUUACCAUCCUACACUGGGCUGGGGCAACAAAAAAAGGAGCAGAAAAGCAAAGCAGUUCAGAAGGACAAAAGACAGUUCAGUGUGGAGUGUGGACAAAAUACGCAGAAGGAGGUAUUUUCACUUCCCCGAAUUAUCCCAACAAAUAUCCUCCUGACAGAGAAUGUGUCUAUAUUAUAGAAGCUGCCCCAAGACAAUGUAUUGAGUUGCACUUUGAUGAGAAAUAUUCCAUAGAGCCUUCUUGGGAGUGUAAAUUUGAUCAUAUUGAAGUGCGAGAUGGACCUUUUGGAUUUUCUCCAAUAAUUGGUCGUUUCUGUGGACAGCAAAAUCCACCUAAAAUAAAAUCCAGUGGCAGAUUCUUGUGGAUUAAAUUUUUUGCUGAUGGCGAACUUGAAUCUGUAGGAUUUUCUGCACAGUACAAUUUUACACGUGAUCCCGAAUUCAAGGAUCUCGGGGUUUUGAAACCAUUGCCAGUUUGUGAGUUUCAAAUGGGAGGAUCUGAAGGAAUUGUGGACUCGGUGCAGAUUGGAAAAGAAGGAAAAGCUUCUGAUUCUGAGGCUGUUGAUUGUAAAUGGUACAUCCGAGCACCACCACGAUCCAAGAUAUAUUUACGAUUCUUGGACUAUGAAAUGCAGAAUUCUAAUGAAUGCAAAAGGAACUUUGUGGCUGUCUAUGAUGGAAGUAGCUCAGUGGAGGAUUUAAAAGCAAAGUUUUGCAGUACUGUUGCUAAUGAUGUGAUGCUGCGUACAGGUCUUGGAGUAAUCCGUAUGUGGGCAGAUGAAGGCAGUCGAAAUAGCCGAUUCCAGAUGCUCUUCACAUCUUUCCAAGAACCCCCCUGUGAAGCCAACACAUUUUUUUGCCAUAGUAAUAUGUGUAUUAAUAAUACAUUAGUCUGCAAUGGACUCCAGAACUGUGUAUAUCCAUGGGAUGAAAAUCACUGCAAAGAAAAGACAAAAGCCAGCCUGUGGGACCAGCUUACAAAUACCAGUGGGACAAUCAUUGGGGUGACUUCUUGCAUUGUGAUCCUCCUUAUCAUUAUCUCUGUUAUAGUCCAGAUCAAACAGCCGCGUAAAAGAUUUGUCCAGAAGAAAGCAGACUUUGAUCAAACAGUGUUCCAAGAGGUCUUUGAGCCUCCUCAUUAUGAGUUAUGUACUCUCAGAGGGACAGGAACCUCCGUGGACCUUGCAGAUAUUGCAGAUGACUUUGAAAAUUAUCAUAAACUCCGUAGAUCAUCUUCAAAAUGCAUUCAUGACCACCACUGUGGAUCACAAUUAUCUAGCACUAAGGGCAGCCAUAGUAAUCUUAGCACAAGAGAUACGCCAAUCUUGACAGAAAUUCAACCCCAGCCUGCAAAGCCCCUUAUCCAGCCUAUGAACAGAAGAAACAUCCUUGUCAUGAAGCAUAGCUACUCACAGGAAGCUGCAGAUGUGUGUGAGAUAGAUGAAAUUGAAGAGGUACCAACUACGAGCCACAGGCUGUCCAGGCAUGAUAAAGCUGUUCAGCGGUUCUGCCUCAUUGGGUCUCUAAACAAACAUGAAUCUGAGUACAACACAACGAGGGUGUAACAGACAACUGAAGAUUGCUUCAGAAUAGUGCAUCCGGGGUGAUUUUGAAUAUACAACAGUGACUUACGAAAAUAUCAGCUCUGGAACUACAAGCUAGAAAUAUUCUGGACUCCAACGAACUACUAUGAUUUUGGGGUGGGGGUAGGGGAAUCAUCAGUCAAUAAUAAGCAAAAUUAAUGAAUGGCAAUAAGACCCUUAUUACUAUCAUUUAUUGUAAUCAUAUUUUUCUUUUAUAUUGUUAUUUAUUUUGUUAUUUGAUUACAAAAAAAGUUAUCCACUUUCAGGAACAAAUGAUUAAAUCAGGUAUUUAUGAAUUCAUAACCACUUCAACAGAAGUAUCAGUUGAAAACAUAUCUAAUGAUGUGGCAGAAGGUCACGCUGAGAAAUUGAUCUGCAUGUAUGUUGCUGAAUAUUUCAAUCGGCAAAAAAAAUGUUUGAGAUUCAUUGUAAAAAGCAUGCAUUCAUACUUAAUACUAUUCCAAUCCAUUUCUUUGUGUCAUAUGCUUGCUAAUUGUAAGUUUUUAUAUAAUGAUACAUAAAACAAUGUAUAAUAAUUUCUUAAACUGAGUUUUGCAGUAGUCUUUUAUUUAUACAAGCAGUUAAGUAAGGAUUUAUAGUACAUUCGCUGGGUCACAUCUCAAUGAUGAAUCAUUUUUAGUAGCUGAAAUUCUGAAAGUCAUCUAGAACAGAGGUCUCCAAACUUGACAACUUUAAGACUUGUGGAUUUCUAUUCCCAGAAUUCCCCAGUCAGUAUACAAGUCUCAAAGUUGCCAUGUUUGAACACCCCUCACCUAAGAAGGGAAUGAAGCAAGUGUGAAUAAAUACUAAACUUUAUCUUUAAUUUCUCCCCAAAACCAAGUUAGAUGAGAUUUCUACAGUAUCUUUGUUUGCUUGUUAUUUUAAAGACUAUUGCACACAGUACUUUCUGAUAGAUUACAUUAGGAAUAAUGUAUAAUGUCAAAUACGGUAAGCCUUGUUCCUUAUGAAUUACAGAAGUCACAUGUCAUUUGCUAAACAUUUCUAUCUCAUUGUCUCAGUGUUGAAAAACAAUGUUGCUAGGACUUUUAUUUAACCACCCCAAAUGUCACAUAAGAAGCUCUUUAUUCACUUUAUCAAUGUGACAUAUUAUCUGAAAUAUUGAAAGCUCAAAAGCUGAAGUUCACAGAUGUUGAAAUUUCAGAAUCAUUGUGGUGUUGAAGGAUGCACACAGAUGGGUGACAGCUGUCAGAUUCAAAUUAAAACUGAUGGUAAACUAUCAAAUAUUGUAAAUUGCUAAAUGUAGUCCAGUGUUGAAAGUUAUUAUAGAUUGAUUGCAAUUAUUUAAUAUUUGUAAUUUUUUAAAGUAAAUUUCUAUUACCUCGAAUAGCAUAUUUUUUAAUGCGUACUUUGGAGUAACUACUUUUAUAAACAAAGCAGUUGACUAAAAAGUGUUUCCCUCAUUGGCCUCAAAGAACAAACAGAAGGCAUUCAAAAUAACUUUAAAAAUAUAUAUUCACAAACAAAUCUCAUGAUAUUCAUUGGCACUUAAUCUCAAAGUCUGUGACAUGUGAUUACACUUCCAGUAUAGAGUAGGAAUUACACUGGAAGAGGAAAGAAUGGAUAUAUUUGUGUGUAUUUAUGUAAAUUUUAUUAGCAGUAACAUUGACUUAAGUUUUGAAGCUUCUACUGCAAAGAAACCCCUCUUUUAAAUAGUCAAUUUGCUUGCAUUUAAAUUGAAUAUUGCAUAGAUCGGUGAAGUGGGGAGUUAUGGAAUUGCUGGUAAUCUUGGAAUAAUACUGAAGUGCACUUUAUAUUUCUGAUGGACUGUGGUGAUCACUAUUCAGUGUUUAAAAUGUAUGGCCUCAUGUAUAACAAGUCUUUGAUGCUAUGUCAUAUCAUGAAAGAUGGCUACAAUGUGAAGAGUUUCCUUAAGUUUGAUUUGAUUAAACCAAGCUCUCAUUGUAACAAGAACAAACAACAAACUCAUUUCAUCAAUGCUCCUCUAAUUCGCUCUGGCUUCUCAAAAAUCAGAGGAACUUUUUAAUCAUUCAGAACAUUGCCAAGGCAAAGCAACAAGAAGUCUUUGAGAAAAAGGAGCCAGAUGGGUUAUCCUUUAAUCAAUUAAAGAAAGAGAAAGUCUAUUGUCUCUUGGACUGCCGGGUAGCCUAGUCAAGAAUUUAAAUGAAGAUGUUUAAGUAUGGUAAGUAGUUUCAUCCAUGCUCAUGCAUGUUUGUGCACUUUUUUGUGGUGAGGGCUAACUUGACAAUGAAUGUUUAAACCCCAUGGAAUUGUUUACAAAAACUUUGAUUUUAUUUGAGAAAAAAAUAAUGUCUCAUGUAACUGUCUGGAGAAAACAUGUUUUCAUUAUGAUGCAUUUACAUGCCAACAGUAUCUCAGAUUAAAAAUACCUUUAUAUAAACAAAAGCCUUCUAUAGUUAACUAGUUGCUGAUUAUUGGUUAAAACUGCGUAAACAGAUGAACCAUCUGUAAAUAUAAGAAGAACCUCUUCUUUGUUAUCAGUUAGGAUAAUAUUAAAGCAGCUAGCCAUAUCGUCCUGUGGGAUGGUAUCUCACACAGAUCAGUUUUUCUGCAUCCAUCUUCUGAGUUUUCUACUUCUCAUUUCCUUAGAACUUUCUAUGACUUUUGGAAGCUACUGAAAACCCAUACCUUUUGGUUUAACUAAACUUGCCCUGGUUUGGCACUUGGCUUCCAGCCUUGGCUGGAAGUAGAACCAUACUGACCUGCAAUGGAGAAUUGUGGAUAUAGACUUAGGUUACAGUUUACUCUCCCCUUCAGUUUGCACAGGCAUAGGGGGAUUGAAAUGCCUAAACUUGCAGUCUGGCCAUUCCAAUUCCACAUGCAAAGAUGUCUGUAUAAGCAGUGGUUUAGCUGUCUCUCAGAACUGACUCCCCAUCUGUGUAGUUUUGAAAGUCCCAGUUAGCAUGAUAAUCACAACCUUGUUUAGCUGAGCCAUGGUGGUGCAGUGGUUAGAAUGCACUAUUGCAGGCUAUUU